GCGUGUACGUCCAUCAGAACUCUACCUCGCGAGCAGCCGGAGUGAGGGGAACAGGUUGAAAAGAGCUGGAGGCUUGUACAUUCAAAUACUGUUGGUUGCAGAUUGUAACCGGAUACAACUCACAAGCUGGAAGGUCUCAGCGCAGCGUGGGUGCCCAGGGAUCCACUGCCUGAGUGUGGGGAGAUCACCACCAGACAGCCCAGAGACAUGGAUCACACAAAGGGCGGCCUGGUCAUCUUCACCGCAAACUCACACCCCUCCAGCCGUGAGCUGGGCAAGAGGAUUGCAGAGCGGUUAGGGGUGGAGCUUGGCAAGGUGCAGGUGUACCAGGAAGCUAACAGAGAAACGCGGGUGCAGAUCCAAGAGUCGGUGCGAGGCAAAGAUGUCUUUGUUAUCCAGACAGUGUCCAAAGAUGUGAACACCACCAUAAUGGAGAUGCUGAUCAUGGUGUACGCAUGCAGGACGUCCUGUGCCAGGAGCAUCACAGGCGUCCUCCCAUACUUCCCCUACAGCAAGCAGUGUAAGAUGAGGAAGAGAGGCUCCAUCGUCUCUAAGCUUAUUGCCUCUAUGAUGUGUAAAGCAGGUCUCACCCACCUGAUCACCAUGGACCUCCAUCAGAAAGAGAUCCAAGGCUUCUUUAAUAUUCCAGUGGACAAUCUCAGAGCUUCCCCGUUUCUGCUGCAGUACAUCCAGGAAGAGAUCCCUGAUUAUAGAAAUGCUGUGAUUGUUGCCAAAUCCCCUGCUUCUGCCAAAAGGGCUCAGUCAUUCGCUGAGCGGCUGCGUCUGGGCAUCGCUGUCAUCCACGGUGAAGCUCAGGAUGCAGAGUCAGACCAGGUAGAUGGACGUCACUCCCCACCCACUGUCAAGACCACUGGAGCCAUUCAUCCUAGCAUGGAUAUACCAUUAUUGAUCCCUAAAGAGAAGCCUCUUACAGUGGUAGGAGAUGUAGGAGGACGUAUCGCCAUCAUCGUGGAUGACAUCAUUGAUGAUGUCGACAGUUUUGUGGCUGCAGCAGAAACACUGAAGGAAAGAGGAGCCUACAAGAUCUUUGUCAUGGCAACUCACGGCAUCCUCUCUUCUGAUGCUCCCAGGUUCAUAGAAGAGUCGGCGAUCGAUGAGGUGGUGGUGACAAACACGAUACCCCACGAGCUUCAGAAACUCCAGUGUCCGAAGAUAAAGACAGUGGACAUCAGCAUGAUUCUAUCGGAGGCCAUCCGCCGCAUCCACAACGGAGAGUCCAUGUCCUACCUGUUUCGCAACAUCGGCGUAGACGACUGACAGACUAGUCGAACACACACACACACACACACACAUUACACGUGACAUUUGCCUUUUCAGAUCAUACUUCAAAAGCAUAAGGGUGAAUGUUAAACUCUGAAAUUGCUACACACAACAACACAAAAGCGUCCAUUUUUUUCAUACAAAUCUAUAAAUGCUAACUCUGGUUUAAAUCAGCUUAACAUAGGUGAUGACUGAAUACACACAUGUACAUAAAUGUCUCCAUACAAACCUCCACUUGCUAGUGUUGUAACAUAGCUGUGACUGAACGCACUGAUACGAGUCCUUUCUUCGACUGCUCUCUCCUGCCGUCGAACAGAACUCCACUUCUUUUUUAUUGUCUUCCUGUCACUCCAUCUUUUCUAAACACAUGUUCUAGUCCUGUUACCUUUAUAAAUUGUUACCGGUAUUAAAUUGUAGUAUUAGAACAUGAGGUGUUAUAGCUUUGAAUGUUUCUUUAAGUACAGUCUCCCUUCCACGUUUUAGCACAGCAGCAUUUUUCAUCUAACGUGGCCUCAGGGUGUGAAGCUCAAAUGCUGUUAUAAUUUGAACAGCAUGUUGAAAUAUUAGUAGUCUGACCAUUGGUUGUCAUACAUUGUCUCUCUCAAGUGAUAAUGCACUAAAACACGAGGCUACCUUGAUAUGAGGACAUCUUUUAAGUCAAAACAACAUUUUGAAACACAUUGGAGGGCUGCUAACGUUAGAAUUCAGUCACUCCCUAGCUACCAUUGCCAUUAGCUUUGUUUGUAUGCCAUUCCUUUCUUACUGUGUAAUAAUAUUAAUGAGGAAGUGACUGAAUGCUAAAGUUUGCAAAUGGAAGCUAAUGUGUUAUCCUUUUAUGUCAUUAUUUGAGCUAACCAUCCUGAGCAAGACAUCCAAAAAAAAUAAAAAUGGCUGCUGCGUUAGCGUCAUCAAUUUCUCAUUGUAUCAGGAAGAGUGCCAGUGCCUUCUACAGGACACCUGCAACACACAGGCCUUCACUGCUCCAAUACACACUCCAGCUAAUAUACCUGAUGAUGGUUCACAGCUAAUUAUUUAUGUAGAUUAUUGGAGUGCAUGUUUAACCCUCUGUCCAUUUUUUGGUGUCCAGAUGUGCUACUUGUAAAGUAAGUUGAUAUAGCCAUUUAUGUGCUAGCCACUGAGAUGCUGAACUGCUAUCAAAUCUACCAAUUACGCAAGAUGAACUGGAAUUUUGUUGUCCGACUGGUUGAUUGGACAUUACAAAGAUUGUAUGGGAGUACUCUCAUGAAUAUGGAUAAAUGAGUCAUCCAUUCAUGUGGCGUGCCAUUGUUCAACACCUGCCCGUACGUGACAUUUGGUUGUGCCUGACAUAAGUUGUUCCCAUCCUACUGGAGGACUCUGCAUUGAAGAAACUUCCAAAUAAAUAAUCUGUUUAACAUUUAACAGCAGUUUAACUCUGGUUGGAGGUAGAGGUUUUUCUUUAUCAGUUAGAAAUAAGUAAAAGAAACCAUAUUCAUUAGGAGAGAGAGUGAAAGUCGACUAUACACGUUCUACCUGAGUUUCAUAAAAACAACUUCCAAACUGCAGCUAACGCUGGAAAAGAAAUAUGAAGCUUUUUCUGAGAAGCAAAACUUGACUGAAGCAGGUCUUUGUCACUUUACUAGAUGUGUUCCAAAAAUGUUUUGUAUUUAUUUUCAGCACUUAAGAUAAAUAAAUAUGACCUAUGAAAGUGAA